CCCCUGUGGCGAAAUAAUCAAAACUCCUGCAUAUGUUUGUUUUUGGUUGCCAACACGUUCCAGCUCCAGACUAUAAAUGCUGGGAGAGAAGCAGCAGAAACUCAGUGUGUGGAUCACAGCUGAAGGUCUGAAGAUGAGACGCCUCCUCGUUUUACUGGCUCUAUUGUGGGUGUGUGAUGCCGUUAAGUUUGGUCAGCUCUGCAGUGGAAACCCGAGCAACAGCCGGAGGACGUCGGACGGUUGGGGACAGGGACACUACGGAGCCGGACGGGGAGGCAGACUCCACGAAGGUCUGGACAUCAAGUGCAGUGACGGCUCCACUGUCUUUGCUCCGUUUGAUGUGACACUCAAUGGGAAACUGACAGUUUACACUGACUCCAGUAAGGCAGCCAUCAACGAGGGGAUCAACCUGUCAGGAGAGGGUCUUUGUUUCAAACUGUUCUACGUCAGGCCAGACCGAACCUCAGGAAGGGUGAUGAAGGGGCAGAGGAUCGGCACCAUGCUGCCAAUGCAGAGGGUUUACCCAGGAAUCACCUCACACGUCCAUGUCCAGAUGUGUGACAAGAGUGACCCCACAAGAUACUUCUGAUCUGUCCAGAACUCAUUCUAUUGCCUUCUGUAAUAAAAAGGCUUUGUUCUGUA